UUUGAUGGAUGGGGAAAACGGUUUUGUACGACUCUUCGAAGAUCGUGCGUGUGGGGCGAUCGUGUUUGUGUGCGUACGGACGGGGUGAGAGGUGUGAGGUGAGGUGAUUGAUCCCUCGAUCCCUUGAUCGGUGAGCGCAGCGUAGACAGCAUUGAGGGGUUGGAGGAUUCUCUUCAUCUUUUUUUGCGGCGGUUAUGGCGCUAUGCGUGUGUUUUCUGGGAAGACCGUUAUCUCACGCACGCAUGCACGUCUACACGCCUGCAUGCCCGUAACGCAGGGCGUUGGAUUGUUUACAUAUGUACUCCGUAGGUGUGUGUAUUAUUACAUUUUCUGGGGUGGUGCAGAGGCCGUUUGCCUGGGGGAGUUGGGGAUCGGUGAGGUGCAUGUAGGUGGUUCUCGGGGAGGUAAGGCGUUGGGGGAUUUGGAAUUUGGGAUCGGUCAGGGGCACGAGGGAGGACUCUUUUGGGUGUUGGCUGAGCUGCGUUGGAUUAUAGUGGUAGGAGGUGGUGUUUGUUCCACGGGGAGAAGGAGGGAUGCCGACGAUCAGUGGAUAGAUGUUGAUGCAUGGCGAAGUGACUACUCGUGUGCGGUUGGCAACGUUGCACGUUCGAUCCAAUUCAUCGCCAUGGCUCGAGAUUUCCUUUCUGGGCUGUACUUGAUUGCAGAUGUGACGUGCUUGAUGACUUGCAGCAGUGUUGCCGGAAUGUAAGCAGGUGCGAUGGAUGCUCCGCGGCUCUUCUAUGGGUGGUUGUGAAGUACAUGUCGUUACAUGUUUCUCCAGUGAUGUUGCCAAACGUUGUUGCUUCGUGACCUUGGUCAACACAUGGUUAAAAUUCAAAUAUAAUCUUACAUUGAAGAUAAGUUGUAAUGAAGGAAACCUCAAUGGACCACUCCAUUCGCAAAGUUGUAUCUCCUGCUGCUGCCCUUUGAAGC